AUGGCAGAAGGCAGUGGCAUCGAUCGUCGCGCGGAGGAGAAGAUGGAGUUCUCGACCUCGAAAGAGGUUACGGUCCAUCCCACGUUCGAGGCCAUGUCCUUGAAGGAGAACCUCCUCCGUGGAAUCUACGCAUACGGCUACGAAUCGCCCUCCGCCGUCCAGUCUCGAGCCAUCGUCCAAGUUUGCAAGGGACGCGACACCAUCGCUCAAGCGCAGUCCGGAACCGGUAAAACUGCUACCUUCUCUAUCUCAAUGCUUCAGGUCAUCGACACCGCCGUGCGCGAAACACAGGCCCUCGUGCUAUCUCCUACACGCGAGCUGGCCACGCAGAUUCAGUCCGUGGUCAUGGCUCUGGGCGACUACAUGAACGUUCAGUGCCAUGCGUGCAUCGGCGGAACCAACGUGGGCGAGGAUAUCCGAAAGCUGGAUUAUGGUCAGCACAUCGUUUCUGGUACUCCCGGUCGUGUGGCCGACAUGAUCCGUCGUCGCCACUUGCGCACCAAGAAGAUCAAGAUGCUCGUGCUGGAUGAAGCCGACGAGCUGCUGAACCAAGGUUUCCGCGAGCAAAUCUACGACGUGUACCGAUACCUGCCGCCGGCCACACAGGUCGUCGUCGUCUCCGCUACCCUACCCUACGACGUUCUCGACAUGACUACGAAGUUCAUGACCGACCCAGUCCGCAUUCUCGUCAAGCGUGACGAGUUGACCCUCGAAGGUUUGAAGCAAUACUUCAUUGCUGUCGAAAAGGAAGACUGGAAGUUCGACACCCUUUGCGACCUGUACGACACACUCACCAUUACCCAGGCCGUGAUCUUCUGCAACACCCGACGCAAGGUGGACUGGUUGACCGACAAGAUGCGCGAGGCAAACUUCACUGUCAGCAGCAUGCACGGAGACAUGCCUCAGAAGGAGAGAGACAGCAUUAUGCAGGACUUCAGACAGGGCAACAGCAGAGUCUUGAUCUCGACGGAUGUCUGGGCGCGUGGUAUCGAUGUCCAGCAGGUCAGCUUGGUCAUCAACUAUGACCUUCCGAGCAAUCGUGAGAACUACAUCCACCGUAUUGGUCGCAGUGGACGGUUUGGUCGCAAGGGUGUCGCCAUCAACUUCGUUACUAGCGAAGAUGUUCGUAUCCUUCGUGAUAUUGAAUUGUACUACUCUACUCAGAUCGAUGAGAUGCCAAUGAACGUGGCAGACCUUAUUGCCUGA